UGCCUGCUGGACGGUGGCUAGUUCCAGGCCUGGUAGCUGAGAGGCAGGGAGAGGUAAGGCGCGGAGCUGAGCGGAGGAGCAACCGAGAACAGAAGCGCUGCGUGAGUUUUCUGCGGGACCUGGGAACGGAGACGACCAGGAGAAAGAGGGAGAAGUUGAACAGAGACACCAAGACGCAGAAAAAGAGAAUGACGGGUGGGAAUGCGGCUGUGGAGAGAGGUUAGGAAACGUGGGAAAAGACAGGCUACUGUUGAUCCUGGCAUCUCUAACUGACUAUGUGUGUGAGGCUACUUGAACUACUCCCCACCUCCCAAGUGUUGGGAUUACAGAUUUCAGCUCAGUAACUUAUGGCUUCUCCUAUAAUUGCUUCCCUUUCUUGGGGACAAAUGAAAGUACAAGGCUCUAACUUAACCUAUAAGGAUUGCAAAGUAUGGCCAGGAGGCAGUCGGGCUUGGGACUGGAGAGAAACAGGAACUGAGCAUUCCCCUGGGGUGCAGCCUGCAGAUGUAAAGGAAGUUGCUGAGAAGGGUGUGCAGACUCUGGUGAUCGGCAGAGGAAUGAGUGAGGCUUUGAAGGUGCCUCCAUCCACUGUGGAGUACCUCCAGAAACAAGGCAUCAAUGUACGGGUCCUCCAGACAGAACAGGCGGUGAAGGAGUAUAAUGCCUUGGUUGCCCAAGGGGUAAGAGUAGGAGGCGUCUUCCAUUCCACCUGCUGAUGGAGCCUAUAGAGGAGAAUAAAUCACUAAGCAACAGU